GCGAGCCGCAAGCCGGGCCGGCGGGCAGCCGAGCUCCGCCUCCGUCUCCGCCAUUUAGUCUCCCGGCGGCGCGCCGGAGCGCCCGGGAGAAGCGGCGAGAGGGUCCGGGCUGGUCCCCGCGGGGCCCGCAUCAUGUCGCGCCUGCACCGGAGCAGAAUUGCAGAAUUUGAAGACAUUCUGAAUGAGCCCAACAUUGUGCUGCAAAAGCUGCGGAAAUUUUGUUUCAACGGAAUUCCCUUUGAAGGCGGUUUGCGCUGUCUCUGUUGGAAGAUCCUCUUAAACUACCUUCCUGUGGAAAGGUGUGCUUGGAAUUCCCAACUGAAAAAGCAAAGGGAGUUAUAUGCCCAGUUCUUGAAGGAAAUGAUUAUCCAGCCAGGAAUAACGAAAGCUGAACUUGGAGUCUUCAGGGAAGAUGUUACCUUGGAAGACCACCCGCUGAAUCCAAACCCCAACAGCCAGUGGAACGCCUACUUCAAGGACAACGAGGUCCUGUUACAAAUCGACAAGGAUGUCCGACGACUGUAUCCCGAUAUGGCUUUCUUCCAGCGCCCCACAGAGUAUCCCUGUCUGUUGAUCCUCGACCCCCAGAACGAAUUUGAGACCCUUCGCAAGCGGGUGGAACAGACCACCCUCAAAUCGCAGACAGUGGCACGGAACCGGAGCGGGGUCACUAACGUGAGCUCCCCUCUGAAAGCACCGGUGCUGAACGAACACGAGGUUCUGCCCGAUGGCUCAGAAGCACAUUGGGAAGUUGUAGAACGGAUCCUCUUCAUCUACGCCAAGCUGAACCCCGGAAUUGCCUACGUCCAAGGGAUGAAUGAAAUUGUGGGGCCCCUUUAUUACACCUUUGCAACAGACCCCAACAGCGAGUGGAAAAAGCACGCCGAGGCGGAUACUUUCUUCUGCUUUACCAACCUCAUGUCUGAGAUCAGGGACAACUUCAUCAAGAGCCUGGAUGACUCCCAGUGUGGGAUCACCUGCAAGAUGGAGAAGGUCUACGUCAUCCUGAAAGAGAAAGACGGGGAGCUCUACCUGAAGCUGCAAGAGCAAAACAUCAAGCCCCAGUUCUUUGCUUUCCGCUGGCUAACCCUCCUGCUCUCUCAGGAGUUCCUGUUGCCCGAUGUCAUUCGCAUCUGGGACUCCCUCUUCGCUGACGACAAUCGCUUCGACUUCCUCCUGCUGGUCUGCUGCGCCAUGUUGACGCUCAUUCGAGAUCAACUGCUGGGAGGGGAUUUUACUGUAAAUAUGCGGCAUUUGCAGGACUAUCCUAUCUCUGAUGUCCACCUGAUUCUGAAGACAGCCAAGGAUCUUCAGGACUCUAAGCAGGUGUGAUGCCGCUUCUCUCCUCUGGGUAGGACCUCGGAAGUAAGUCCUGAGGAAGCCAUGUUUAGGUUGCCCAGGAUCCAGUUCUUCUCUUCCAAAAUCUCCCCCACCAGGAAUGACUCCUCCUUGCCACAUCUUUUGGGCAAGGGACUCUUAAGGAGAUGAGCCACAGGGCAUUUCUUCAAAGGGUCCAGAAAUGGUCCAGAAGCAGGACCCACCUGGAAUUUGACUUGAUGGGAAAGAACCAACCUUUCGGGGGAACCUCUUCUCUAAGAGACCACCAAAACCAGCUUCUGUAUCAUCGUUUGGGGAUAGGUUCUUCCCAGCUCUCCAUUCAGACACCAAGAUCUUCAGCCUUCUUUGCAAGAUUCCUUCCUUCUUUCUUUGGAGGCCAGCUUUUCUUGGAAGCGUAAAAAAAAAAAAAAAAAAAAAUUGGAACGAUGCUGGAAAUGUCUUCUUACCCACUGCCUUAGAGUGAACCUAUUUCCUCCUUUGCUGAAACACGGUGGGGAUGUUCAAAUGCAGAACAACAUUCUCCUUGCUGAGCUUAAGAGUUUCAAUUGUCACCCUGUUGCGUUUUCCUACUGCGUGUGAUCUUUCAGUGAUCUGCAAUGAAUUAUAAAUUAUCCUCCCCAAAAAGUGGUAAAAGCCUAUCCUUGCCCAUAAAUGCCUCCAAUAAAAGGUUUCCUGUGAGCCAAAAUAACUGAUAAUUUAGGGAUUGAAGAUUUCUUCUUGGUCUGCUAGUUUUCUGCUUGCAGGGAAAUCCCCCUCUCCAAUGAACAUUGGCGCAGAGGGAUUAUUCUAACAAUGAAAAAAUAAUUUUGGUUGUUUUCAGAAUUCUACCAUGUUAAUAACGUGCUAUUCUGGAUUAGUUUGAAUUCCCAAAAGCUAAUUAGGUUCUUGUGACAAUUGAAGUGGCUUUCUUUUCCUCUAGUUAAAUUCAAUGUAAUGUGUGUGACUUGUUAAUUAGCUACUUUGUUUUUUUUUGAGGGACCCCGUUACCUUGAAUGUAAGGUCGAAAUUAGAGGUAUGAUGUAGCUGAGCAAAGCAAGUUUGUUUUCUUUCCGGGUUUCAAUGCCAAUCGGAGAAUUUUCCUUUUAAAAUGGUUUUCAAACAGCCCUGCAGAUGUCAACCUUCAUGUUGUGUUUAAAGAGGAUUUAAAACAAGAAGUCUGCUUUUUUCAAGAAGGAUGUGGAAAAGGUCAUUUCCUCCCUUCCUGCUUCCAUUCCUGAUUUUGCAACAGAAAAUAUCCCGAUUGUCCAUUUUAUGGCUUUUUGGAUAAUGCACGAUGGAACCAGAAACCAGGAGAUGGAAUCAAAGCAUUUCUACAUUUAAAAGUCAGUAAGCUGUAAUCCUAAUGGAAACUCACUGCAGAAAACACAUGUUUGCUUUAUUACCAAAGGAAGACAAUUAGCAAGAGCCAUGGAGUUUCAAAGCUGGUAUUCCAUAGUUCUUCCCUUAUUAUCCUGAGGUAGGGAAAUUGUUCUGUAUUAAGGAAUAUGCUGGGCACUUUUGAAGGCUGCUUGAAAAUUAGCCUUACAGCUUUUAUACAGCGUAAUCACUGCCAAAUCCUGUAGCUUAAGUUUCCUGCCUCCUUCCGCGGAAGAAACCGAAAAAGUCACAAAAAUGCAAAACUUGCACGAAGAAUGAAAUAGCCACUUAGCAGUCGACAUUUCCAGUAGAAAGGAGAAAAAGAAGACUUGUAAAAAAUACAUAAAAAUUGCUCUUCUCCCAAAAUACAGAUUGGGUUUCUUGCAAGACACCUCCCAACCAUUUUUUUUUUCAUAUUUUCCUGGAUAAUUGUCUUUUUGUUCUUUUUAAUUUUGAUGACAAGACUCCUAUUGGACAUGAUGUGUGAUACAGAGCAGCUGGUUUUUGCGUGACCUAAAAAUCAUUCUCUGUUGGUUGAAUUGAAUGUAAAAAAAUGUUCAGAUUAUGAUAUUUAAAAUAUCAUGUUGCAACGAAGGGACAAAAAUAUAUCUCUGUGAGUGUCUGUGCAUAAAAAUUCCAGUUUCUUGCAUAUGGGUGUAGCAUAUAACGUAUGUCAAGAUUUUUACACACCCAUGCACACAAUCCCACAAAACUGCUUAGAACCAUUGAGCCUAUUGUUAACUUCCAAGUUCAGUGUGUAAAAAUGCUUUGUAAAUCUCUUCAACUAUGCUGUACGCAAAGGGAGAAAUACUUUUGUUUUUCUUUGCAGAUAUAAUAGAGCAGAUCAACUCAGUUUGCUGCCAUUUUAUUUUGCUGUCCCCCUGCCAAAUCUUGCUUUCGCUGUUUAAUUUGUACAUAUUCCACUACUUUCCGAAAUAGCUUUUUUAUUUCUACUGGCUAAAUGAAAUUGGCUACCCAGUUUGAACAUCAGUUGUAAAAUCAUGUAAAAAGAAUUGAUGGGGAAAAGAUAGAAUAAGGUUAAAAAAAAUUGCCUGAGAAGUAUGUAGUAAUAGGAAAGAAGAACUUUGACUCAAGAGGGAGUUCACAAGUGUAUAAUUUGUACAGGAAAUUCUCUACAACUCUUUGUCGAUCUGUAUUUUUUUUUAAUUCUAUUUUUUCUGAAGAGCAGAAAUAUUUGUUUUUUAAAGAUCGAGUAGAGAGCAGUUGCCAAUAUGAAACAGGGUAUUUUGUGUUUUGCUUUUCAAUUCAUUUGGCAACACCGUCUGUUAGCAAGCAAAUCCGGAUUCAAGAUAUUUGCCCUGAUUUUUGUGCAGGAUAUAAAUAAAGUUUUUAUUGUCUUCCUUG